AUGAACGUGAUGAACAACAGCAGCGGCGAUGAGCAGGUCGAGUGUCCACUGUGCAUGGAACCGCUGGAGGUGGACGAUCUGAACUUCUAUCCCUGUACCUGUGGAUAUCAGAUCUGUCGCUUUUGCUGGCACCGGAUCCGUACGGACGAGAACGAGCUGUGCCCGGCGUGUCGGAAGGCGUACCCGGAGAACCCGGCCGACUUUACGCCCCUCUCGCAGGAGCAGAUCGCGGCGUUCAAGGCGGAGAAGCGGCAGCGGGACCAGCAGCGGAGGGCGAAGAUCUCCGAGAACCGGAAACAUCUCGCGAACGUGCGCGUGGUGCAGAAGAACCUGGUGUUCGUCGUCGGGCUGCCGCCGAGAUUGGCCGAUCCGGAGAUUCUGAAGAAACACGAAUACUUCGGUAAAUAUGGUAAGAUCCAUAAAGUGGUCAUCAACCCUAGUACAACGUAUGCGGGUGUGCAGGGUCCCUCGGCGUCGGCGUAUGUGACGUACAUCAACAAUAACGACGCGCUGAGGGCGAUCCAAAGCGUCAACAACAUCAUGAUUGACGGUCGACUGAUAAAGACGAGCUUAGGUACGACGAAGUACUGUAGCCACUUUAUGAAAAAUCAAACCUGUCCCAAACCGGACUGCAUGUACUUGCACGAGCUGGGAGACCCGGAGGCUAGCUUUACGAAGGAGGAGAUGCACCAGGGGAAGCAUCAGGAGUACGAGAAGCGGUUGCAUGACGCCAUGCAGGCGCAGCUGGGCCUGACGUCCUCCGGAGGACAUGGCGGUAGCGGCAGUAAUGGUGUGGCGGCCUCUGGCGGUGGAGGUGGUGCAAACGCGGCCACGAUCGCUGGCCAGGUAUCGUCCACGGCAGCGGCAGUGGUGGCGGCUACGGCAACGUCGGCGGCGGCAGCUGUUGCAGCAGCAUCAACUGCAGGUGCGUCCUCCGCGCUGGUGGUAAAUGGCGGCAGUACGGGUAGUGCGGGUAGUGGUGGUGGUAGUGGUGACGUUGGUGUGCCCAGGUCCGGCAACGGCAGCGGCAACUCAGGCCGCAGCACUAGCAGCAGCAACGGCAGCACCGGAACCAGCGGCAACGGUGGAAGGAGCAGCAAGAGCGGCAGUAAAUCGUCGCCCAGGAGUGAUUUUAAACAGAUUAGCGACAUUACCAAUGGACUCAUACCAAGCAAAGAAGCGUGGCCCAGCUUAUCGACGACGCCAAUCGGCGGUGGCUCUCACGGCGGCGGAAGUAGCAAUAAGGAGAAUAAGCUUAACGGUAAAACAGCCAACAGCAGUAGUAGCAGCAAUAAGGAAAAUUCGAACCGAAGUGACCGAAAGCACGAAACGAAAUCUCGCUCGAAAGGAGGCAAACACAAGCAGCAGCAGCAGCAGCAACAACACAACAAAAACAGUCACGACAAUUCCAGUAAUCAUAAAGAUAGUACAAGCAACGUGACUAGUGCCAACGGUGUUGCAGCUUCUGCUAAGGGAGGCAGUGCGGCGCUAGCGAACGGCAAGGGAGGAAAGUUGUCGGUCAACGGCAAGCAGCAACGGAACGGUGCUACUACUCACGAAGCGCACGAAAAUGGUACUGGAAGCGGUAAGGAGGCACACAACAACAGCAAAAACCUUAAGCAGCAACGCGAGCGCGAACGUGAGCGCGAACGCGAGCGUGAGCGGGAACGUGAACGCGAACAGUUGCAAAAGCAGCAGCAAAAGUCCCAGCUCAAUGGCAAUAGUGAUAAUAGCGAGUUGCAGCAGCAACAGCAGCCACAGUCUCAAAGCAAAAAGCGGGAUGCCAGUGGUACUGUUAGUGGUCCCGCAUCGGGCAACGUUAGGAAUGGCGGGAACACGAAUGGAGAUGGCCAUAUCAGUAACAAUGAUCUGGACGACGAUGAUGAUGAACUGGACUUUGAGGAUCUGGACAAUGACGCCCUGUCGUCGGAUAAUGAUGGCAAAACGGAUUCCCCUUCGCUGAGCAGUUCGCCUUCGUCCCGCAACGGCGUCGACAGUGAAACAGCCAGUGGUAAGAGCACGCCGGGUGUUUUCGCUGACACGCUCAGCAAUGGUGGUAGCAGUGCUCUAAUUGCCGGCACCGACGGCGCGAUCCUUGCGAACGCUACCGGCGAAAGCGCUAUAGAUGCCAUACCUCCGACAGAGGCUGACGCGGGAGAAACGAACCGUAGCUCCUCGUCACCAUCCUCCAGCUUAUCGCUGGGUGACGAGAAGGCGGACAGCGAAAGCACAGCCCCGGUUGCCUCAUCGUCCUCCACCACGACGUCUCUGUACGGUGGUCUGGAUGAGGGCACGGAAACCACCACCUCGGUGAUCAGCUCAUCCAUGACGAAGCUGGCCGUGACGGACACGGCUACUACCGACGGUGGCAUCAUGAACCACAAGUAUGCCAACGAUAUGCUCGACGCGACCGGGCGUUUCAGCAAGUUUGACAGCAUACUGGACGACAACAGUAGCUUUUUCUCGUACAACGCAUUCGACCCGUACGGCAAACCAGGCGCGGAUCUUGCCGUGGACGGUGUCAGCGGCAGUCAGAGCGUUGGCUUGACAACCUCGCAACUUCCCGAUCUCCUGAGCGGUACAAACGACACGAACGAGCAGCACGCCAAGGAGCUGUUGAAGAACAUGGGCAAUCUGCAGCAACAGCAGCAACCUCAGCAACAGCAGCAGCAUCAUCCCCACCAGCAGCAUCCACAACAGCCGCAGCACCAUCAGCAUCUCGUCCAACAAACCGUGCGGUUACACCAGCAGCUGAACGGUGGCCUUGGAGGGCUUAUGGCAAACGGUGAUAGCAGUAUCAUGGGCGGUGCUACCGAUGAGUUGGAUCCGGCUAUCAACAAAUGCAUGCUACGCCACAAAUAUUUGUUGGAGGAUCAGCACGAAGAGUGGCUUCGUCUGCAGCAGCAACAGCAGGAGCAACAGAAACGUAACCACCUUAACAAUGGACUGAAUGGACUACCACCAUUCCAUAAUUUUAACGAUUUUGGAACGAACGAUUUUUGGCACAAAACCAUCGCUAUGCGAAACAAUUUCCUAAGCCAGCAGCAGCAGCAACAACAGCAACAGCAGCAACACCAGCAGCAAAGGCUACACACAGACAUGAGUCAAAUGUACGGAAACGCCAACAUGUCCAAGUUGAACAAGUUCUUCGACUUUCACAAAAACCAGCAGCAGCAGCAACAGCAGCAACAAUUUUUACUCAAUGGACAAAUUUCGCUCCCGCAGCAGCAGGCGCUUGAUAUGAAUAUAUUAAACGCCCUGGAGAACAAUCGUUUGAACAACCAUUUCCUCGAGCAACACAACGAAGGUUUAUUGGGAUCACAACAGCUCCAAAAGCAACGACUAUUAAACAUCAACAUUAGCGCUCACAACCCGUUACUGAACGGUGCGGAUCGCUCCAUGCAGCAGCAUAAAGCAGCGGUUGCAGCAGCGGCAGCUGCGGCGGCCGCUGCAGCAGCGUCGCAGCAGCAACCGCAGCCUCAAUCCGGCAGCAGAACUCAGCAACAACAGCCACCGAUGUCGCAGUACGCUCAAAAUGCGACCGUUGAUGAUGAGCUCGGAUUCGAUCCAUUUUUGGAAACCCAGAAGGCCCUUGCAGAGCUGAUGAAUGAUGAAAUGAAUCAGCAGCAGCUACCCCAGAGCGCAUCUAACCACAGCAAGCUACUGGAGAAUGUUCAGCAGCAGCAGCAGCAGCAACAACAACGCACCCGAAUGCCGCCACCUGGCUUCAAUCACAUGAAUGCCUUCGGUUUCGGAGUCCCGCGGGCACAGGGGAGCAAAAUUUUGCCCUUCAUGAACGGUGGUAUGCAGAUGCCCAACGGCCAGCAGCCGCAACAGCCACCGCAAAAUGGCAACUGGAAUCAGCAGAUGCAGCAGCCAUUCUUGGGUUUCCAGCAGAAUGAGCCCAACCAUUUGGCUCAGCAGCAAAACGGACUCAACAAACCAGCGUAUGGCAAUAAUCUCACCGACUGGACGUCGAUGGAUCCGGCCAUCGUGUCGUAUCGUCAGUUCUCCUUCAUGAACGGUCCCAAUCAGCCGACCGGGGGUGACAUGUUCCUGAACGCUCAACAACAACAACAACAGCAGCAACAGCAACAGCAAAUGAAUCAGCAGCAAAAUCUACAACCUGGCCAAGGUUUCGGACACCAUGGUCUCAACUUGCCGUCGAACUUGAUGGGUCAACAGCAGCAGCAGCAGCAACAGCAGCAAGCAAAUCCACAGCUUAACUUUUCUCACGUCAACAUCAUGAACAACGAUCGCAACGCCUACAUGGCAUACGAAGUACCCAACUGCGGCUUCCCUAACGGCUUCGACAAGUACUCAAUCCCCAUGCCACCCGGUUUCCAGAACAAUGUGGCCGGAAACAACAAGCAAAAGGCGGAGUGCAUCAAUUAA